AAAUGUUUUAAUGCUCCUCUCCAGCCCUCUGAAAUAAUGGGUGUUAAGAGAGUUGUUCAAGAGAAGUUGCCAGAAGGGGUAAAUAGCCAUGGUCUUACCUUGACAGGGUUUCUUUUCCUCCACACACUUUUCAUAGAGAAAGGGCGACUUGAGACCACAUGGACUGUCCUGAGGAAAUUCGGUUACGAUAAUGAUAUCAAACUCAGGGAUGAUCUACUUCCAGUUCCACAUAAACGGGCUCCUGAUCAGAGUGUGGAGCUGACAAAUGAAGCUGUGGAUUUUCUGAAGGGUAUCUUCACCUUGUUUGACAUUGAUGGUGAUGGGGCCUUGCAACCCGUGGAGCUUGAUGAUCUCUUUUCAACUGCACCAGAAAGUCCUUGGAAUGAAGCUCCAUAUAAGGAUGCUGCAGGGAAGACCGCACUAGAUGGGUUAUCAUUUGAUGGAUUUCUGUCCCAGCCUUUGAAGGGAGUAAAAAAAACCUUGGUAUUGCGGGAGAUUCCAGAAGAUGAAGUAAAAGGUUUGCUGUCUAAAAAGGAGUCGUUGGCAGCUUGUGACAUAGCAUUAUUUGUCCAUGAUAGUUCUGAUGAAGCUUCUUGGAGGAGAGCUAAAGAAUUACUUGUGGAUGUUGCUAGCCAUGGAGAGGAUAGUGGCUUUGAAGUGCCUUGCCUUAGUGUUGUAGCUAAAGACGACCUUGAUCCAUAUCCAACAGCUAUAGAAGAUAUUAUAAGGGUUAGCCAAGACUUGGGAAUAGAAACGCCCAUCCCAGUUAGCAUGAAGUUAUUAGAUUUUAAUAGUAUAUUCCACGAUAUUAUUAGUGUGGCAGAGCACCCACAUUUGAGUAUUCCAGAGACUGAAGCUGGCAGAAACCGCAAGCACUAUCAUCAGCUUGUUAAUCGCUCUCUCAUGUUUGUCUCAGUUGGGGCUGCAGUUGCUAUUGUUGGACUGGCUGCCUAUCGUGUUUAUGCUGCAAGGAGAAACGCCUCCAAUUAAGAAUUGAGCCUGUGGGCUGCUUGCUUCCGUUGCACAAGGCUGCUUUGAGGGGUUCCCAUCCACGAGAAUCAAUGACCUUCUUUAUGGUUUUUCUGCACACAAGGUCAUUGAUUCUCCUCCCUUAACGGUGAAGAUAAGCACCAAUUGAAUGAUAAAGGUUCAUAUCAAUGGCAACGGCAAUUUUCAAUCCGUGCAAGCUGCUAUCAAUUUUGUUCCGGAAGGGAACUCCCAGUGGAUCAUCAUCCAUGUUCGGAAAGGAGAGUACAGGUAUUUUUUCGACUACCAUACUUGAUCGAUCAAACGGUAAUUUUCAUAGCUAGGCCGGAAGGGCGUCCAUCGUUUGUUAUCAAAGCUCCACCGACAACGUCAAGUCUGCCACUCUCUGGGUGGAGGCCCCCCACUUCAUUGCCUCCAGCAUCAACUUCAAGGUUGAAGACCUCUCUCUCUCUCAGCAGUUUUCUUCCUCUCCCCUCUCUCACCGAUCUCUUUCUCCUUUUUCUCUCUCCCGCAUGAAACCUACCAUUGUUGUUGCUGCUGCUAUGACAGACGAUUUCUUCGUCGGCAUGUUGUAUCAUUGUUUUGGCUCAAGUGGUCACCACCAUUACAGCUAUAGGAAAUCUUCAUUGAAAUGAGAGAGAGCAGUUUAAAUUAUGUGGGCUUCGUGCAGAAACCAAUUGCAGGGAUGCCAACAGAGCUGCCCGUCUGUAAUCAAGUGGGAACAAUAACGGAGUUUACACCACUCCAAUCUAACAUCAUAUAUCGAAUUUCUAAAAUCGUACAAGCUACGGGCGAAUUCACUUUUUUAA